AUGCAGCACGACGCAACACGUUCUAACAGCAAUAACUACACGUCAGAGCUGGCCUCUGCCCUUCUGGAGAUGAACAUCGGCGAGCAUGCAGAGACUGGCAUGCGACAGAGAGCUAAUCGUCCCACGACGUCCAGGGACAUAGAGACUCGUCGAGCGGGGCGGAGUCGCUGGUCUGACUUGCCCGAAUACCACGUGUACCCGUCAUCCAUGAGUACAAGCAUGAAUACGGCCUUUCCCGACGCACACCUGUUGAGCGCUCGCUCCGGGCGCGGUAGCAUUGCAGAGCCAUCAAGUCGCCGUUCUUCUUCCGCCCAUCGCUCUUCUUCCGCUCACCGUUCUUCUUCCGCUCACCGUUCGCCUUCCGCUCACCGUUCCUCUUCGACUCAACGCAAUGCAUCCUUCCGCCGAAACCCAUCCACUGACCCCAUUGCAUCCACUGGCCGUGCUAUUCAUCCACAGUUCGAGCCUUACCCCGUUUAUAAUGUCUUUUCACUACCUACACGGCAUUUGUCCUCCCGCCCACCACGGACGGCAUACUACCCCAACAUGCAGCCCAUGAACCCUACACCCCAGGUGUACGCACCUCCAUUGUCAAACGGUCCCUCAUACCCUUCAUUUCGCCAGACAGGGCCAGGUGGUGCAGGAGGGUACUACGCUCCUCCGCACUACUGUCCUCCAGCUCCCAUAGCUCAACCGCACCCCCUUCCUCAGAGGCAGGAUCCCAUCCAACCUGACUUCUCCAUUCCGACUCGUGUGCGUUGCCGUUGGGGUGAUGACUGGUGCCCCAUCGAGCUGGACGAUACGUCCCCUGGCGGGAUCGAUCGCCAUCUGCGCGACUACCAUCUUGGUGUGCAGCCCGACAAGCGGGCGAGCGGGAAGUGUUUGUGGGCCGAGAACGACGUACAGUGCGGCCGCCCCAUGGCAUACGGCAGCCUCGGAAAGCACAUCGCUUCGAUGCACCUGCACUCGACGGAGCAGGAGUGUCCGAACUGCGGGAACACUUAUGCACGACAGGAUGUGUUGACGAAGCACUUGCGGCGGGCGUGCAAGGGAAAGCCUUGA